GUGCACAAUGUCAAGCGGACUAUCUUCACCGCCCUUGGUGCGAAAAAGAGACGUUUGGACGCUGCCGAUACUGCACGUUGCGCAUCGGUGCUGCUGAAGUUUGGUCCAGGCAAGUACUCCGAAGACAUUGUAAAAGCUUCUGAGGAGAAGUCACAACAUACGCUAGUUGCCGACGGCGUCAUUGAGAAGUUCAAAGCUCUCAGCCAGCACAGCUAUACGGUGACCACUCUAUUUUGCCUGUUUCAAGCAACGCGCAUCGUCAGCUCUUUCGAGUUCUUGAACAUGCAGGGUGCAAGUGAGCUGGGCUCCACGAAGGCUACAGAGGCUGCCAAUCUCAUCUCAGCCUAUUUCAAAGCUCUAUCCGCCGCCCCAAAGGCUGCGUCAACCCCCAACAACCCGUUUGUUCUAGGCUAUGGUCUUACACAGAAGCUUGAGGACAUCCCUGCUGGAGAUAAAGACCGGGCGGAAAACGUUCCCUACUUCAUCCCCAGACGAUUCGACCUGACCGUGACGACAGGAGACGGAGAAUAUUCCAGUGGUGUCAUCAACUACUGUCUUCUUACACACAGACCAAUGAACGACCCCAAUAGAGCAAGUGGUGAAGGCCUCAGGUCAAUUGACUACGAGAAAGAUGUCGGCGCCGGCUUCUGGGACGCUGGAAACACAGCCUACAAGCGCAUCAGGGCAGAUGGGAAAGCAAGUGGAGCCGAUGGAGUCAUGGCUUUCUCACGUGAGAUCUUUAGAGACUACUGGCUAACGCAGAACUUUCUCUCCUACUUCAAAGUGGAUAUGAACGCUUUGGGUAAAGACCUGGUCCCUCAAGACGAUCAUGUUGCCAGUGCGCAGCCGACAGCAAGUUACAACGAACAGAUCGCUGCGGGGUAUGAGGGACAAGUAAACAAACUCUGCCUAAAACAGGAUUAUGAGUUCCAGCCGAUGAAAUGUCAAGACAUGGACACAGACAAUAUGAAACAAUCGGAAGAGCUGUCUGCGUUCCUGAGUUUAGUGCUCACGGCUUCAAAAGCAAUCGGUCUGGAGCUGAAGUAUUUCCAGCGACGCCAAGCUCGAGGCAUCGCAGAGGCCAUUCUGACCUACACCAGUGAUGUGCAAAAGAACCCCAAUCUUGGCAAGUCGUCCGAUACGAACCGUAAAAUCUACUUCGAUAUUAAUAUGCGCUCACUAUUGUCAAUCACGCAAGAAGCCUCUGGCAUCUGCAAUAUAAAUCGCCUGUUCGAAGACAAAAAACGUGUGGCACUGUGGACACUCACUGGUGGCGUCGGACUCGCUGCCGACAUGAUAGCCAACCGACAGUGGUUCAUCAACGUUUUCACUGAAUGGCGCGCUGCUCGACGGGCUAAUAUCCAGAUCGUCACCAAGGCAGGCUUUGACCUGUCUCCUGCCAGCGACACGUGGUCACUCACUCUUGACCAGGACAAGAGUAGAACGACGGUCCCCAUCGGCGCAGAGGAGCUGCCAAGGCAGGUCAAUCCUCCAGUCUCCUUCACCACCCUAGAGAAUAUUAUGGAGGUACAGAAGAUGGUGGACCUGAGUAAGCGUAUGCAGGGCGAUGGUGUCAUCAUUGACCUCGAGAACCACGAUAUGUUCAAGGAGUUCGGAACCUCCAAGGGGAUGGAUGGCUUCGCUAAGCCUGCCAACCAGUGGGCUUCCAGCUUCGAGUCUCGUCUAGAGACAACAAUGGCUGCGCUUGCGAGCUCUUUGAUGACCAAGUUGAUCUUACCGGCAGGCAAUGUCUUUGAGUUCAAGUCACUAAACACGGAUACUGAAGGC